AAUACCACCGGGACUCGUGACAAUGACCUCUUUUGUGCGCAUCUCUUCCUCCCAAACAUCCUGUCUCCCGAUAUUCUCUCUGUGAAAACAUAAAGCAUUCUGAUCUUCUCAUAUACACAUUCUCUCCCUGUAAUAGACGCUUGACGAUACACAAACAGUCCUAGUCCCUUCAACAUGCCUCCCUUCCGCAUGCCCUUUACCUCGAAACGUCCGACGGCGCCCAUUGAGACCAACGAUGAGAACGCUCGCCCCAACUCUUUCGACGGCAAUGUCAAGAGCCCUUAUAGCAAAGAUAAGCCUUCAUUAGCAUUGGGGAUCAAAGAGAAGACGGUCGAGCCCAACGAGUUCAAAUUGAGUUCCGUUAACGACAGCGGUGAAUAUCUCCCGCCUUCGCCCACCGAGAAACCGUCCUUCUGGUCAAAAUCGCCGUCCUCCGCAAGCACCAACCACCGCCAAUGCUUCAACGACAACGAGGCAUUCACAAUCUCCCGCGAAUCCUUCGAGUCAUACAGGAGAUCUUUUGACAUUUCCGGCCGCUCUCCAAUCCUUCAAGCCGACAGCUUCACCUCCCGCACAUCUCUGGACUCGCGACCAGCGACCCGCUUCCCCACGCGCUCGACACUAAGCAGCACUACAUUCGAGAGACCCACCGCCGCACAGGAUCCCAUUUUCGAGGAUGUGAAGCUGAAUGAAGAUGCAAGCAAGCCUCAAGAAUCCAAGAAGAAGAGUUUCUUGUCCCGAUUUGGCGACUCCAACGGCGAGACCAUCACCUCGAAUGCGGCCAACAAGGAGGAAGGCAAGCACCACUUCCAUUUUCUUCCGGGACGGAAACGGGGUCAAAGCGGGACUGGCAAUGAACUGGGAGAUAUUCCGCGGCCACAGAGUAGGGGCAAUGCGGAAGUCACGGUACGAUAGAGGAACGCAAAAAAUCCGCAGGCUUUUACGAUGCUCGAAUGGGGUUAUCAUUCUAUGGCAUGCAUUAUGAAGAAUUGGAUUCGAGGGACUCAACGGCCCAAGGUUUGGAGUUUUAUCAGGCAGCAUCCCCAGAGGGUUGGUUCUAUGAGGUUUACGAUGAUUGCAUUUUCAAAGGAGAAAGAUGCACUAAAGAAAGAAAUGGAUCCUGGGAUCUGGGAAAUCAAGCCAGGUCAAACCACACGGCCUGACAUUAUCGAGGAGUUCUUCGAGCUCGGAAGAAAUGGGGCGGACUUUGUGAUGCAUGGAAGCAGCGCAGGGUAAUAGUAAUACUCAGACCACUUCUGAUCUUUCGCGGCCCGCUUGGAUGUUUAGGUCUAGUUCAAUAUGGCUUCGCAUGUCCAUUUGCAGCCUUCUGAUCCCAAGACUCGCCGUCCACUUCCUUUUCCAAGCGA